UUCUAUGGAGACGCCGUAGCUGACAAACUUUAGCCUGUACUUGGCGGUGCUUUCUUCUCUCCGGUGGAAUAAAAAGCACUAGUUUGUCAGUGUGUGCCGCUUGUCGUCGAAGCCAUGUUAGCUGAGGCUCGGGGUCCUGACCCUCUGAUAUCAGUAGAUCCAUGGAAGCCCUCCACCCUUGGAAAGGAUAUCAAAGAUCCAGGGAUUCAGCACAGGCAACGUGGUGGGAAGCACCAAAGGCGGGCAUCUAGUCAAAGAAGCUGCUUCAUGGGUUUGGAAACUAGGCGAGAGCUGGUCUGGGAGGACUGGGACCUGGGAGGAGAGUUCACCAAGACUUUAGUGCUGAGGAACAUUCAUAAAAAGCUGCAAAAGCUACACAUAAGACCUCCAGCAUCCAAGUGUUUUUCUACUUCGAUAGCUGAGAUAAUUGUCCUCAGUCCAGGGACUUCUUUCUCAAUACCAGUCACUUUUAGACCGUACCAAAGGGGUGAGUACGAGGACAGCAUUGAGUUUCAAGGCAAAGAGGGCAGCUUUCAAGUAUGCCUCCGUGCCAUCAUUCCCUGUCAUGUCCUGGAGGUGCCUGACUCUGUGAUGCUCCCACUCUGUGCUGUCCAACACUCAUCACACACUAAUUUCCUGUUAAAAAAUGCCAGUAAACUCCAGACAAGCUUCCAAUUUGAAUGUGAUACACCAUUCCAGCUGAAUCCAAAGCAAGGCAUGUUGAAACCCGGCCAGGAGUGUCACAUCACGGUGGUCUUCCAGCCACAGGAGGCGCUGGUGUACCAGCAGCAUGCUUACUGCUGGUUUGGAGAAGAAGGGGACAAGGCUGAAAACUGCUGCACUGUGCUUCUGCAGGCACUAGCCAAAUACCCGUAUCUUCAGUUGAGAAAUCCCAGUAGCCAGGAGGAAGAAGGAUGGGGUGAUCCGGUGCUGCAGUUUGGUUCUGUGGUAAUUGGCCAAUGUUUGCGGAAACACUUUGACAUCUUUAAUCCCUCUCCGGUAACUGUAUCUUUUUCUCUAUCACCACUGUCAGGUGGCAUACCCUUGCUUGGAUCAGUAUUCAGCUGUGAUGUCACCAGGGGUAAUGUGGCACCUGGUGGAUCACUACGAGCUACAGUCACUUAUUCUCCUGCUAUAGUGAAUACUGUCUCUGUUGA